CUCUGGUGGAGUAGCAAAUAGUAAUCCCUCGGCUCUUGGCAUCCAAAUUUAGUUGGCGAAUGAUUGUUAAAGAUGCUAGUGAAGUAGUUGAAAGGAUUUGUCUUUUCUGUUUAGGAGAAUAAUUGAAAACAAAUCUUUUCAUCAUGAAUCAGUUUCUUGAGCGGUGCAAGAAUGCAUUGGAGAAUGAACAUGAUGAUGCAAGAGUUCAUGUUGUCCUGGGAAAUGAAGCAUGUGACUUGGAUUCUGUAGUGUCUGCCAUUACACUUGCUUAUUUUCUAGCAAAGACUUCAUCUGAAAAAAGAACAGUAUUCAUCCCUUUGCUGAACAUCCAUCGGUCUGAAUUCCCCCUGAGGACAGAAAUCACCUUUUUCUUGAAGCAAAACCGUAUCCUAGCAGAAAAUUUGGUUUUCAGAGAUGAGUUGCACCUCCAUGCUCUCCAUAAUGCAGGACGCUUGUCACUUACUCUAGUUGACCACAAUGUCUUACCAAGUACAGAUGCAGUCCUGGAAGAUGUUGUAGCUGAAGUGAUUGACCAUCGUCCACUUGAGAGAAAAAAGACUGCCAGUUGCCAAAUAACAUCUGAACUAGUGGGAUCUUGUACUACACUUAUAACUGAAAAGAUCAUGCAGGAAGAUCCAGAAAUAUUAGAUAUACAAUUGGCAACUCUUUUACAUGGUACAAUUGUUCUGGACUGCAUAAAUAUGGCCCCAGAGGCUGGUAAAGUGACACAAAAAGACACUGACAUCGUGUCAAGGUUGGAAGCAAGAUUUCCAGAACUACAGCCAAGGCAUAGCAUAUUUGAAGCACUUCAAAGUGCAAAAUUUGAUGUCUCAGGACUCACUACGGAACAGAUGUUAAGAAAAGAUCUUAAAGCACUUUCAGGUGGUGAUAUCUCUGUUGCUAUAAGUGCUGUAUAUGUGAAGCUUGAGGUCUUCUUGAAGAGACCAGCAUUACAGAAGGAGAUAGGCGAGUUUUGCCAGAAACAUGGCUACAACAUUCUAAUAGCAAUGACAAUUGCGUUUAAUGAAAACAAUGAACCCUUCAGGGAGAUUGCAGUGUACAGCCGCUACACUGAUAUCAGAGACUGUGUGUGCAAAUAUCUUGAGAAAGCAACAAACCCACACUUGAGGCUUACUUCUGUUCAGAGUACACAUCCAGCUAUCCGUGCUUAUCACCAGGGGAAUACUCAAGCUUCUCGGAAGAAGGUCCUUCCCAUCAUUAAAGAUUUCUUAAAGGACAGAGAGAACAGUGUGACACCUGGGGUGGGACAAGCUGGCAUAUCAGAAGACUCUGGUACUUGUGAGGAUUUGCAACUUGGUGCAGAAGAGCAGUUGAUCAGCAGUGAAGAUAUUGGUGUCAUAAGUGAAGUGGAAGAACGAUUAAGGGACGUAGGAGAAGUGACUGAUCUGUUUGAUGUCACAGAAGUGGGGUUUGAAGAGGACGUUGAUCAGAGAGAGAGUUGUACUGCUAGUUGUAGGGACCAACCAGAGUAUGUUGCUGCUGAUGAAGACUUUCAGCUACCACCAACACCUAUGAACAGCCUAGUAGAGGGUUGUCCACUUGACAAUGGCCUUCCAAAGUUGACUGCUGAGGCAUUCCUUGAAAGAUUUAGUAAAAUUGUUGUAGAUGCUGAGAAUACUGCUGCUGGGAAAAAAGUAAAGUCAGAAACUUCAGAAAGUUAAAUAGUUGACGUCCUGUCUACAUGGCUUGUAUGUUUAGAUUUUGCAGCAGUGAGGAUGGAACUUUUUUAAAUCCUUAUGAAUGAGUAGAUGUGUAUUAUCCCAUUUAUAGCCAUAGAAAAUGUACCUUUUUAACAUGCUGUGCCAAUGGUGUCACGUUUUGCUCAAAACUAAAUGAAAUAGAUGUGUGCACCACAGUAGUUAGUAGAUUUUAUCAAUUAAAAUUUGUAUCACCAGUGUCAUUAGGAGCGAUGAUGCCCCAGUAUCUUGUGGGGCUGAAACUACAACUUUAUUUUAAAAUAUUAAUAAUUUGGAAUGCAGGAAGUGGAUUGUUGAUCUGAGAAAAAAAAAGUGUUAUGUGUAAAUUAAUUACAGUUCAACUAAUCAUUCAGUAGAUGUGUAUAAAACGGUACUGAAACUGCAGGCCAGAAACUAUUGUUGGUUUGUUUUAGAUAUUUAUAAUGCAAGGAAGAUUUUGAUGUGUGGUAGGUUAAGCAGGGUAUUAUAAGCCAUAUUUGCCUUUCAGCAUGUUAAGUAACUGACUUGGUGCGAUAACUUAUGGUGAUUCACCCAGAUGUUGUUUCCUCAGUUUCAAACUUAUUUAUGUACUUAAACUUAGUGAUGCUUGAAACAUUGCAUCUCUUCAUAUUUAUCAAUUUUUGUGUCAUUAGAGCCACAUGCCGAUUUUUUUUUUUUUAGCUCUUCUUAAUGUCCCACAUUUUUUUAUUGACUGUUGUCAUGUGAAAUGUUCAUAUGUAUUUUGCAAGCUUGCAGUUUCCCUAAAUGUUUGGGUAUAAUAUUGUGCAGGCACAUAUUUUCUUGUCUCUUUCUUCACAUAUCUCAAAUUGAUGUAAUCACUUGGCACUUCUGUAGCAUUGACUUAGUGGCUGCCCAUGACUGAAUUGUCUAAUCAUGAAGUGUUCUCCUUCACGUGCUUAUUUACCCUGUUCAUCCAACUGUGGAAGCUACUGUGGUAAACUUGGGUAUGUUUUAAGGAAUGCUCAUAAACAGUAAAGUUCUGCCUUUUGGUGGUACGAACUAUUUAAA